ACAUUUUCCGGGCGCCCUUUACCAACAUGGCUGCUGACGCCGCGCCUUCUGGGACUCGUAGUCCGGCUCUCGCGCGCUGUCUUACCUAAGACUGGGACGCUCUGGCUGUUGUUCGAAAGCGCGGCUGCGGCCGCAAUGGCUACUGGGAGUUGUAGUUCCAAGCCCUAUCCCGGCCACUCCCAUUUCUGGUGCCGUCACGGGACAGAGCAGUCGGUGACAGGACAGAGCAGUCGGUGACGGGACACAGUGGUUGGUGACGGGACAGAGCGAUCGGUGACAGCCACGAGGGCUUCAGCACCGCGCCCAUGGCAGAGCCAGACCGACUCAGAUUCAGACACUGAGAACGGAGCCACUGGUGGAGAACCAGACAUGGACUUCCUGCGGAACUUCUUCACCCAGACGCUCAGCCUGGGCAGCCAGAAGGAACGUCUGCUGGACGAGCUGACCUUGGAAGGGGUAGUCCGGUACAUGCAGAGCGAACGCUGUCGCAAAGUCAUCUGUUUGGUGGGAGCUGGAAUCUCCACAUCCGCGGGCAUCCCCGACUUCCGCUCUCCAUCCACCGGCCUCUAUGACAACCUAGAGAAGUACCAUCUUCCCUACCCAGAGGCCAUCUUCGAGAUCAGCUAUUUCAAGAAACAUCCAGAACCCUUCUUCGCCCUUGCCAAGGAACUCUAUCCUAGGCAGUUCAAGCCGACCAUCUGUCACUACUUCAUACGCCUGCUGAAGGACAAGGGGCUACUCCUGCGCUGCUACACACAGAACGUAGACACCCUGGAGCGAAUAGCGGGGCUAGAGCAAGAGGACCUGGUGGAGGCCCACGGCACCUUCUACACGUCGCACUGUGUCAGCCCCAGCUGCCGGCGCGAAUACACGCUCAGCUGGAUGAAAGGAAAGAUCUUCUCAGAGGUGACGCCCAAGUGUGAGGAUUGUCAGAGCGUGGUGAAGCCUGAUAUCAUCUUUUUUGGUGAGAGCCUCCCAGCUCGUUUCUUCUCAUGCAUGCAGUCGGACUUCCUGAAGGUGGACCUCCUCAUCAUCAUGGGCACCUCCCUGCAGGUGCAGCCCUUCGCCUCCCUCAUCAGCAAGGCACCCCUCUCCACCCCGCGCCUGCUCAUCAACAAGGAGAAAGCUGGCCAGUUGGACCCUUUCCUGGGGAUGAUGAUGGGCGUCGGCGGAGGCAUGGACUUUGACUCCAAGAAAGCCUACAGGGACGUGGCCUGGCUGGGUGACUGCGAACAGGGCUGCCUGGCCCUCGCUGAGCUCCUCGGAUGGAAGAAGGAGCUGGAGGACCUUGUCCGGAGGGAGCACGCCGUCAUCGAAGCCCAGUCAGAGGCGGGGGCCCGCAACCCCAGCGCUUCAGCUUCCCCCGGGAAGUCCCCGCCAGCUGCCAAGGAGGAGGCCGGGACGACAGAGAGGGAGAAAGCCCAGUGACAGCGGCAGCUCCCAGGCGGGAUGGCCAGCCCCUCAGAGACAGCUGAGCCCCAACCAGGCCUGGCCCCCUCUUAACCUGCAGUUCUUGUCUGGGGAGCUCGGAACAACCCCCUGAUCUCUUAACCACUCCCCCUCCGAACUGGGGUCCCAGCAACCCUGCCCUCCAACCCCAGCAAAUCUAACACCUCCUAGAGACCAAGGCUUGGACAGGCGUCUACCAGCCGCACCACCUCUAGCCACUCCACUAAUCAUUAACCACCCCCGCGGGGCCGGGCCUACCCCGACUUCUAACUCUUCCAGGACAGGGAGCUUCGGGCCCCCACUCUCUCUCCUGCCCCCAGGAGCCUGUGGCUAAGUAAACCAGACCUAACCUACCCCCACGGGGGUGUGGGCCUCCGAAUGAAACCUACACCCAGCCUAGGGGAGUCUGAGCCAGACGGGCUGCCGAGUCUCUGCCUUCAACUCCCAAAGUGGGUGGUGGGCCCCUUCACACGGGACCCACUUCCCAUGCUGGGUGGCCACAAGACAUUGCUUGUUGGAGACAAAUUAAAAACAAAAACAACUAACA